CGCGGCCGACGUUGGUCUUAUAAGUCUCCUUUCUGUUUAAUUUAGUUACCUGUCUAUUUAUGUGUUUUCUUUUAUCUCAACCCCACCCGUCUCUCAUGGCGUUCAUUCAACGCCCCGAGACUACUAAAACUAGAUCUAGUUUUUGUCGUGUAGGCGGAAUGAGCGUGUCGUGUGUAGUCGCUAAAACAUGCUCAGACCUUAUGAAUAAAGCCUAAUCGUACUUCUCCUACUAAGGUGUGUUUCGUUUCGCUUGAAACUUUCCUCGUUCAUUUUUAGCCAACUCGGGUCAGAAUGUGUUCAAAUAUUGGCGCUGUCUGACUCGCUAAUUUUGUUUUGUUUCGCAUUCAAAAAUCUGUUAGUUACCGUCUGCUUUGUUUUUUUGUCUCGUGUUGACUCUUGUGCUCGCGUCUGUUGACUGUCUCCCGGUGUAAAUACGGAUGCGCUAUGACCAUGAGUUGCCCGGAAUGGAAAUCCUGCUAAUGACUUGGUCAACAUGUAAAUACGAGCAGCCGAUUAGACUCUUCUGACUUUUACGUCACAAAAUGUCUCAAAAACGUUAACAUUGGUGGCAGGAGUCCCAGUGUUGGAGAAUUGCUUAUUUAACCAACCGUUUCGGAGUUAGCAGUUUUAAUAAUAACAAUAAUAAUAAUAUUUAUGUUAUUAUUGAUUGUGUACAAUUCUUGAAAUGGAUUAUUUAUUUGUGUAUUCAUAAAAAAAAGAUUUUCAUUGAAGGCCAUUGCUGAUUGCAAAGGAGAAAAAUGUCUCAAAGAUAUAAUUCUCUGAGAUUAAAUUAUAACUGUAUUGGAGGUCAAUAUGGAAAAAUUCUGUACAUAUCUCCUGGUCUUGCACAGAAUGACCACACUACAGAAGUUGGAAGUAAAACUGUGACAUCAGACAAACACAAUGUACAGGAGACCAAUGCACUGAUCCAAGAAGAAACCAAGAAAAGAACAGAACAUUUGGAGAGAAUUCACAAAGACACUCUCCAAGAUAAAGAUGUGACCAUCAGUAAUCUAAGGGAGCUAAUUUUGGAACAUGAAAGAAAGGUUUUUGAGUUGGAAAGUAAAACUGAAGGAAACUCCAAAUUUGGAACUACUCCAUCUUCCAUUCAGACACACUCUAGUCCAACAGCCAAGCUUUUAGACCAAAUUGACCAACUCCAAAGAGAAAAAGAACAUCUUCUCUACAAGCUGUCAGAAUAUGAAUCAACAAAUUCCAGUUCCUACAGUUCUCAGUUUCAUGGAGAUUUUGAUGAAGCUGUUCAAAUGGGCUCCUGUACAACAGACACAGAAAAAGAAUUGAUGCUGAUGAAGAGAGAUAAACAUUAUUUAGAUCAAGAAAUCAAGAAAUUGAAAGCAGAAAACCAAAAACUGCGUCACAUUUUGGGUAAAUGUGGUGUAGUUGUUUCACAAGUUGUUUCCCAUGAAAAACAAAAUGGUCUCAUCAGCAGUCCAGGGGAUAGAACUCUGUUAAAAUCUGUGCACAUUUCUUCAGAUAGUUCAGUUAUUUCCCUUGAUCAGCAGUUGUUAUUACUGAAACAGGAGCUUGACUACCAGAUCAAUGAAAUUGAAAAAAGUGACCUUAAGCCUGAUUCACAAGUUUCAGGUGGAAAAUUGACUCAUGUGCAGUCGUCAGGCAAGCUUGGUCUGGAGCAGGAAGUCUAUCAGCUCAAAGAAGAGCUCCGGAAAAAAAUUCUUGAUUCAGACAUAGUCAACACAGCUUUCUUUCAAUUGAAGGCAGCAUAUGUGUCCUUGAAAGAAGAGGUCAAGGACAUGCCUAGAAAUAUGGGCAUGCUCAUGUCACAGGUUCAGAAGCAGAUUCAACAAACUCUUGCAGAGGUCAAUGCCAAGAACAAAGAGCUUGUUGAGAAAUAUUUGAGAGAAAUGAAGCUACGCAAGAAAUUGCACAAUGAAUUAGUAGAUUUAAAAGGCAAUAUUCGUGUCUUUUGCCGAAUUCGUCCUAGCAUCAAGGAGGAUGGAACAGAGGAGAAUGACAUUGUGGUAUCAGUUGACUCGAAUGAUGACACACUGGUGGCUGUCAACAACAAUGGCAAGACACAGAUGUUUGAUGUGGAUAAAGCCUUUAGCAUGAACAGUUCUCAGACACAAGUUUUUGAAGAAGUUUCAUCUCUGGUGCGAUCUGUUAUUGAUGGCUACAAUGUCUGUAUAUUUGCUUAUGGCCAGACUGGAUCUGGGAAAACUUUCACUAUGGAGGGUCCUCAAUCUGAUCCUGGCAUCAACCAGAGAGCUCUUCAGUUACUGUUUGAAGAAACAAAGAGCAGUGAAUGGCAGUAUGAAAUCACAGCCAGUGUCAUGGAGAUCUACAAUGAGACAAUGAGAGACCUGCUCAAUGUGGACACAGCCAACAAACUGGAGAUCAGGAUGAAACCAGAAGGCGGACUCCAUGUUCCAGGGCUGGAAAAUGUCACUGUGACCUGUUUAUCAGACGUUAAUAAACUGUUUGACAUUGGCCGCAGGAACAGAGUCACAGCUUCAACUAAUAUGAAUGAACACUCUUCCAGGUCACAUUGUCUUCUGCGUGUGACAGUCACAGGACUGAAUCCAACAACAGGCAGCAAGUCAUUGGGUUAUCUCAAUCUGGUUGACUUGGCUGGUUCGGAGCGUGUGAGCAAGUCAAUGGCUGAAGGUGCCAGACUGAAGGAAGCUCAGAGCAUCAACAAGUCCUUGGCCUGUCUGGGUGAUGUCAUUCAUGCCCUUAGAAACAAGCAUGGUCAUGUUCCCUACAGAAACUCCAAACUGACUUACUUAUUACAAGACUCAUUAGGUGGUGACAGUAAAACACUAAUGAUAGUCCAAGUUUCUCCAGUGGAGAAAAAUGUGAGUGAAACAGUCUGCACUUUGACCUUUGGUCAGAGAGUUCGGAAUAUUGAGCUGGGUACAGCUACAAGAAAAGUGGAAACUGUAAAGUCUUCACUUUUAACUCCUGGAAGACCAACAAGCUUUUCCCUCAGUUUACCAGCUUCACCCACCACCUCAGAGGCAUCCACUCCUCAAGCAUCUCCUCGCUCUCCACUUUCGAUGUCUUCAUCCACUCCUCAACUGAACACAAGGAAGAGAGUAUCUUCUGCCAGCCAAAAACUUUCAACCCCUGUAGGAAGAAUAUAUGCUUCAUCUUCUUUGACAUCUGUGAGGACCACAACCACACCAUCCUCUUCCCCACCAACCACAGCGAGGAGAUUGACCAAUCUGGCAACCAAGCAGGAAGUGACGCCCACAUCCAAAUCAAAUGGUUAUUCCAUGAUCAACAAAUCCAAUCUGGCCUCUAGGCUAGUUAAAUCUGCCAGCUCGCCACAGAAUCUUAGUGCCAGAAUUGACAGAAGAUAACAAAGCUUUUUGUUUGUCUAUCACCACUUUAGUGUCUCAAGUGCCUUUAUUUGUAAUCAUUGAUUAAAUAUGUAAAUUAUUGCUUUUAUAUUAUUCACAAGGUAUUAGUCUUUGGUUUGCAUAUUUAUUUUAUGCAUAUUUAUUUGGUGAGUACAAGAAUCUAAUAACUAUAAUAAUAUCAAUAUCUUUGAUUAUGAAGAUAAAGAAUGAUUGCAGUGUGUCAUAUGCCUAUGCAGACCCAGUUGUGACCUACAUAUUUUGUGUAUCUAAUUUAAGUAAAGUUAUAAUAUUUGAGACCUAAAGAAAAACUCUUGUUGAAAACAGGCGCAGAAGACGAAAAGAAAACUUAAAUAGACACCCAGUAGACACUGGCUUUGCCAGCAUCAGGUGUGGGAAAAUAUACAGAUCGCAACUGGGUUUGCAUAGUCAUGUGAUACACUACACUCAUCCUUAAUCUUCAGAAUCGAAGACAUUGCCAUUUAAUUAAAAUUAUAACAUUAUAUAACAUAUUUCUAGCUUUCAACUGGCUUGUAUUAUAGUUUACCAGAAAUCCUUAGAUUAUUAGUAAAUAUAACUCUUUUGGUAAUGAGUAAAAAAAAGUUUUCCAAAUACAUUUUACAAUGUAAAUAUUAGGCUCCUAACACACCUGAUAAUAUUAAAAGAAUUAAAAUGUUCAACUUAAAGAAUGUGGUCAUCUUGAAAUAAAAUAUCUGAUAAUGUAAUGAUGGUACUUUUCAUGAGUAACAAAGUACAAUUACAAACAUUUAUCUGUAGUGUAUGUAUAUAAGUAGAUGUAUAUUAUAUUAUUUAUAUUUAUCCAAUAUCAAUUUAUUAGGUGAUCCUUGUUUUUUCACAGAAAUGACCUUUUUAGCCAGUCUUCUUAGCAAUAGCAAAUAAUCCAUCAUCUCUGGUUAACACUAUAUUUUACCAGGCACAUUCGGUAAAUGGUCACCUUCUGAACAGAAUAUUUCAAGUUUGAAUCCAUUUUAAGGUUGUAGUUUUAGAUUUGUUCUUUUACUGAAAUUUUGAGACAAUAUGCUUACAAUAAUAAAUACAUUGUCUAUCAAUACCUGGAAGAUUGGAAUAGACUACAUUUUCUCUAUCUAUAUCUGGUAGAUUGGAAUAGAUUACAUUUUCUCUAUCUAUAUCUGGUAGAUUGGAAUAGAUUACAUUUUCUCUAUCAAUACCUGGUAGAUUGGAAUAGAUUACAUUUUCUCUAUCUAUAUCUGGUAGAUUGGAAUAGAUUACAUUUUCUCUAUCUAUAGCUGGUAGAUUGGAAUAGGUUACAUUUUCUCUAUCUAUAUCUGGUAGAUUGGAAUAGAUUACAUUUUCUCUAUCUAUAGCUGGUAGAUUGGAAUAGGUUACAUUUUCUCUAUCAAUACUUGGUAGAUUGGAAUAGAUUACAUUUUCUCUAUCUAUAUCUGGUAGAUUGGAAUAGGUUACAUUUUCUCUAUCUAUAUCUGAUAGAUUGGAAUAGAUUACAUUUUCUCUAGCUAUAUCUGAUAGAUUGGAAUAGGUUACAUUUUCUAUAUCAAUAGCUGAUAGAUUGGAAUAGGUUACAUUUUCUAUUAAUAGCUGGUAGAUUGGAAUAGGUUACAUUUUCUAUAUCAAUAGCUGAUAGAUUGGAAUAGGUUACAUUUUCUAUAUCAAUAGCUGAUAGAUUGGAAUAGGUUACAUUUUCUAUAUCAAUAGCUGAUAGAUUGGAAUAGGUUACAUUUUCUUUAUCAAUAGCUGGUAGAUUGGAAUAGGUUACAUUUUCUAUAUCAAUAGCUGAUAGAUUGGAAUAGGUUACAUUUUCUAUAUUAAUAGCUGAUAGAUUGGAAUAGAUUACAUUUUCUAUAUCAAUAGUUGGUAGAUUGAUAGCUACGUUUGUAGUAAAAAUAUAAUGUACUAUUAGGUCUUUACAAACUAUUUUCAAUAUUUAUCAGAUUAUCAAACUAAGAUAACACCAACUGACCCUGAUGGUAAUAGCAAGUAGUUCACAUGGUUUCCUAGCCAGUGGUUCUCAGUUUUCUAUUAAUGUUGCCUUUGUUGAAAGCAUUUCUUUUUCUCAAAAUGUUUUUUUUAUGUUUUCUCCAGUGUUCUACGCCAUGUAAAAAGAAAUAUUUCUGUUCCGCUGGUAAUGCUCCCCCUUUUUAUAUAUAUAGAUUUUAUUUAUUUAGGACAACUAUUUUGGUUAGCUUUGUAGUUGAAUAUUUGGUUUGUGAAAUAAAUUAUUAUUUUUA